UACGAGACCUCGGUUGAACAGGAACAACCCGAGCGACGACUUCUGCCACAGGGAAAUGGGUAGAGAUCACGGGACACAGAUGGAAGCCGUCAUCUUCUAAAAGUCACCUGCGCACCGAUCACGGAUCGACAAUUCAAUCAAGGAGAUUACACUCUACAUCUCAACACACUGAUGAUGCCGCCUCACACGACGGUGAAACGUUUACAAACAAGUUUCUCAGCUCGGUGAAUGAAUGAGCAACGUAGCUAAAGUUCUUCUGGCUUUCAGGAGGUCUGCCAGGGUAGCAGCGAUCGUCGCAAAAUCCCUGUGCAUACGUCGAUAUUAAGAAACGAGGCCAACAAUACUGCGUAACCUCCACAUUUGCGGGUACCAGCCACGAGCGUACCUGGUCGACCUUCGCGAUGUCGCAGCGUACCCCGUCCUCAGACACGACAUUGCUCAAUCCCCAAAAUAUGAUUGCCCAAUCCCAAUCGGGAACGGGAAAAACCGCGACCUUCCUUCUGGCAAUGCUUUCUCGAACCAAUCCUUCGGAGUCCUACUGUCAAUGUCUAUGCAUGGUUCCCACUCGAGAAUUAGCUCUGCAAAUUGUAUCCGUUGGUCGCGAGAUGGCCCAAUUCAUCGAAGGGAUUUCGUUUGGAUUAGCUGCCCGUGAUGAGCAAGUCUCCACGGAUCUCGACGGUUUUGUGACAGAUCAAAUCGUAGUUGGUACGCCUGGGACCGUUGCUCGGUGGGUACGAGGAAACGGUUCCAUCCGAUUGGAUAUCUCCAAACUCAUCGUAUUCGUCCUCGACGAAGCGGACAUAAUGAUGGAACAGGAGGGAUUUUUGAACAUUUCCAAACGGAUUAGAAGUAAACUUCCACCGGAUUGUCAAAUACUACUUUUCUCAGCCACCUAUGAAGACGAGGUGAUGGACUUCGCUCGGGAAUUGGUGCCCAAUCCGAUCGAAAUUCGAGUGAAGCGAACUCAACUGCCUUUAAAGAAUAUCAAACAGUACUACAUUCUGUUCAAAGAUUGGACAGAAAAGUAUGCAGCUUUGGCGGACAUUUAUGGGGAUUUCCAUAUCGGCCAAGCCAUUAUUUUCUGUGCGACUCGAAAGGAGGCCAGUUGGUUAGAGGGCCGGAUGAAUCUGGACGGUCACCGGGUGAUCGUACUGUCCGGUGAUCUCGAAAUGUGGCAGCGGCAAGAGAUUAUUGAACAAUUCCGCCAAGCCAGCUUUCGCGUGCUCAUCACAACUAACGUCUGCUCAAGAGGUUUAGACAUACCACAAGUCAACCUUGUCAUCAAUUGGAACAUGCCCACCACUCGCACCGGUGCAGCUGAUUGUGAGACGUAUCUACAUCGGAUCGGUCGUUCUGGCAGGUUUGGCAAGGAAGGUUUGGCGGUCAACUUUGUGACCGCUGACGAAAUGUUCCUCAUCGAUGAGCUUGAACAACAUUUUCGUAAGCCCGUUACUUUCUUAAUUGAACCCUUUUUCUCAUCCCCUGUCCUACUUGGUGCUUUGCAUUGUGUUUCGCAUCACGAUUAG